GAUUCAGCUCUCUGUGAGAUUCCCAAUCCCAUCAACAUUCCCAUCUUGUUCCCUGUUGGACAGGAGAUGCUGAAGGAUGAAGUACGGACCCUGACCUAUAGGAAUGCCAUGUACCACAACAAGCACAUGUUCAAGGACAAGAUAGUUCUGGACGUGGGCAGUGGGACAGGCAUCCUGUCCAUGUUCGCUGCUAAUGCGGGCGCCAGGCACGUGUACGGGAUUGAGUGUUCAAGUAUAUCAGAGUAUUCUGAGAAGAUCAUCAAGUCCAACCACCUACACAAUGUCAUCACUAUCUUCAAUGGGAAGGUGGAGGAGGUGGAACUGCCAGUGGAGAAAGUAGACAUCAUCAUCUCAGAGUGGAUGGGCUACUGUCUCUUCUACGAGUCUAUGCUCAAUACGGUCAUCUUCGCCAGGGACAAAUGGCUAAAGCCUGGAGGGCUGAUGUUUCCUGACAGGGCUGCUCUGUAUGUGGUGGCCAUCGAGGACAGGCAGUACAAGGACUUCAAGAUACACUGGUGGGAGAACGUGUACGGUUUUGACAUGACCUGCAUCCGUAACGUGGCCAUGAGAGAGCCCCUGGUGGACGUGGUGGACCCCAAACAGGUGGUGACCAACUCCUGCCUAGUCAAGGAAGUGGACAUCUACACGGUGAAGCCUGAGGACCUGUCUUUCACCACGGCCUUCUGCCUGCAGAUCCAGAGGAACGACUAUGUCCACGCCAUGGUCACCUACUUCAACAUCGAGUUCACCAAGUGUCAUAAGAAGACUGGCUUCUCUACCGCUCCUGAUGCCGCCAGUACCCACUGGAAGCAGACAGUGUUUUACUUGGAGGACUACCUGACUGUGAGGAAGGGAGAGGAGAUACUGGGCAGCAUCGCAGUCAAGCCCAACGAUAAGAACGUGCGGGACCUGGAGUUCACCUUGGAGUUGGACUUUAAAGGACAGCUGUGUGAUGCGGCCAUUUCCCACGACUACAAGAUGCGCUAGCUGACCAGCAAAGGGCGAUAUCCCCCUCCUUGAGAGGGAGGGCACAGGCUCUCCAACAGGCCCUCUUAUUGGUCCGAGGGGGACACGAUACGCAUCUGAUUGGAUGACAGCGCUCCAGCACCUAAGUGAUGUCAUAAAAACAAGCCAUUUCGAAGCAAUAGCGCCAUCACCUGCCACAUUUUUAAAGCUGCCCUGAGAAUGUAAUAUCCCUGAUGAACUUGAUUUGUUAUUUUUUUCAGGUUGAGUUUCAGUGUUAUCAGUACUAGAGCUAAAGGAGUUAUAGGGAUUUUAGAUGCCAGUCCAGAGGCACUUUAAGGACAAACUCUGAGCAUGUCUUUUAUCAAGGAAAACAGACAGACUACACCUCUGUUUUAUCUAUGUCUUUCAAAGUUCAACAAAUGCAGAACCUAAGAGUUUAACAGGAAAGUCAUUCAGUGUUUGUUCAAGUUAGUUAUAUUUUGUUGGUAUUCAGUACUGGUAAGUUAUUUGCAUGUUUAGCUUUUUGUUCUUGGUUGAUUUCAGGUAUCAUGAUUUGAUCAUUUGAGAUAUUCACAAUUGCUAAUGGAACAUGUUUAAUGAUAGAAACCUGUGAGAAAUGUCUUGUCUUCCAUCUCCAGCUGGAAGUUAUUUUGCCAUUUUGAUUUUGGGGUGUGGUGUAGGAGUGAUGAACAAAUAAAGAACAAUUACUUAGAA